ACUUCCCAAGAAGAGCGCGCCUUUCUCUGCCACGCGAGGAGGCGGCGGCGGCGGCGGCGGCAAAGGAGGGGAGGCUGGCGUCUUCCAGAAAGGCCUCCUCCUUCUCCUCCUCGCACCUCCCACCCCAUUCACUCGCGAAUCGCUGGAUGCCUGCAAGAGGCGCCUUCGCUGCUCCUCAGCCCUUCACCUCCCCGUCCGCAGAGCUGCGGCUCCGGCUCCCGAGGCGCCGCAUUAAGAGCAGGGCGCACCGUUGGCGUGCGCGCGUGUGUGUUCUGCGAGGUUAAAAGAAAGAAAAGCCGGCAGGGCUGUGUGUGUGUUUUUGUGUUGUGUGUGUUUCUGUUUCUACAUCUUUCCUGGCGAGUUUCCAUUCCCUCCAAGGACUCCGGGACGCUGCCUUAGGGACCGAGUCCGCCGAGGGAGAGCUGCCCUCCGGCUGCCUCGCCUUCCUCCACGCCGGAGUUUGGAAGUGAUGAGAGGGAGCUUCGGUGCCGCGCAAGUAGCUUCGGCGGCGGAAGGCGGACGGAGAAGCGGCGCCGUGGCCCCCGAAGCCGCCCGCUGCGUCGCUUCCCGACUCGACUCGGCGCCGGCGAGCAACUUGGCGCAUCCCUUUCGCCUUCUCUUCUGAGCCGAACUCCACAGAGACCCAAGCAAAGAGCAUUAAGAAGCAAAGGGGGAAUGAGACUGUCUUCAGCACAGGAAACUAGUUCGCAUUAAGGUGAAGAGACAAAUCACCGCCUCAGUCUUGCUUUGUACUGCCACAAUGAGAACUUAUCAUUGCUUCUGGCUCCUCUUCUGGGUUGGUCAUCCCCACCAAAGUUCUUCCACCCCCUUAUCCAAAAGGACUAGUGGCUUUCCAGAAAACCCAAAGAUUUUGGAUCUAUCUAGAAACAGCAGGAAAGAACUUAAUCGCUCCAAAAGAAGCUGGAUGUGGAAUCAGUUCUUUCUUCUAGAGGAGUAUACGGGCUCUGACUAUCAAUACGUUGGCAAGCUUCAUUCUGACCAGGAUAAAGGAGACUCUACACUUAAAUACAUCCUUUCAGGAGAUGGAGCUGGAGACCUCUUCAUUAUUAAUGAGAAGACUGGAGAUAUACAGGCCACAAGGAGACUGGACAGGGAAGAGAAGCCUGUCUACAUUCUCCGUGCUCAAGCUGUCAACAAAAAUACUGGAAAGCCAGUGGAGCCAGAGUCAGAGUUCAUCAUUAAGAUCCAUGACAUCAACGACAACGAGCCACUGUUUACAAAGGACACUUACAAUGCCAGCGUCCCAGAAAUGUCUGAUGUAGGUACAUUUGUCGUGCAAGUCACAGCAACUGAUGCCGACGACCCUACGUAUGGAAACAGCGCUCGAGUUGUCUACAGCAUUCUCCAGGGGCAGCCAUAUUUUUCCGUCGAGUCUGAGUCAGGCAUAAUCAAAACAGCUUUGCUGAACAUGGAUCGAGAAAACCGAGAGCAGUACCAAGUAGUCAUCCAGGCAAAAGACAUGGGAGGCCAGAUGGGCGGAUUGUCAGGAACCACAACGGUGAACAUCACAUUGACGGAUGUCAAUGACAACCCACCUCGUUUCCCCCAGAGUGCCUACCAGUUCAAAAUCCAUGAGUCUGCACCUCUCGAUUCGCCGGUUGGCAGGAUAAAGGCUACUGACGCUGAUGUGGGUCAAAAUGCAGAGAUGGAAUACAGCAUCAUCGAAGGGGAUGGCUUAGAAAUGUUUGGCGUUGUCACAGACAAGGCGACGCAGGAAGGCAUCGUAACAGUGAAAAAGGCUUUGGAUUUUGAAAAGAAGAGACAGUUCACUGUGAAAGUGGAGGCAAGCAAUCCUCACGUGGACCCCCGAUUCCUCUAUCUGGGACCCUUCAAAGACGUUACGACUGUCAGAAUUGUGGUGGAGGAUGUAGACGAACCUCCAGUGUUCAGCAGGCCAGCCUACGUAUUUGAAGUGAAGGAAGAUGUCCAGAUAAACACUGUCAUAGGAACCGUGACUGCCCGAGACCCUGACGUUGCAAAGAAUCCUAUCAAGUAUUCUGUAGAUCGGCAUACUGACAUGGACAGAAUAUUCAACAUUGAUUCUGGAAACGGUUCAAUAUUUACUUCCAAACUACUUGACCGGGAAACAUUAUUGUGGCAUAACAUUACAGUAGUAGCUUCCGAGAUCAACAACCCAAAAGAAAGCAGCCGCAUCCCAGUGUUUAUUAAAGUCCUGGAUGUGAAUGACAACGCCCCGGAGUUUGCCAUGUUUUACGAAACCUUCGUCUGUGAAAACGCAAAGGCCGAGCAGCUCAUACAGACCUUAAGUGCCGUUGACAAAGACGACUCUUUCGGCGGACACAAAUUUUCCUUCUCGCUGGCUCCCGAAGUAGCCAGCAGCUCCAAUUUCACCCUUCAGGACAACAGAGAUAACACAGCCGCGAUCUACACAAGGAGAACCCGGUAUAACAGACACGAGAUGAAUAUCUACCUCCUGCCCGUGGUAAUAUCGGACAACGACUACCCGAUUCAGAGCAGCACGGAAACCGUGACCAUCCGAGUGUGCGCCUGUGACCAGAGAGGGAAAAUGCUCUCCUGUAACGCCGAAGCGCUGAUCCAUCCAACCGGCCUCAGCACAGGCGCUCUGAUCGCAAUUCUCCUCUGCAUCAUUAUACUGCUAGUUACAGUGGUGCUGUUUGCAGCCUUGAGACGGCAACGGAAGAAAGAGCCUUUGAUCAUUUCCAAAGAGGACAUCCGAGACAACAUUGUCAGUUACAAUGACGAAGGUGGCGGAGAGGAAGACACCCAAGCGUUUGAUAUUGGCACGCUGCGGAACCCUGAAGCCAUAGAAGACAAUAAACUGCGACGAGACAUUGUGCCAGAAGCGCUUUUCGUGCCGCGCCGGACUCCAGUGGCGCGGGAUAACACCGACGUCAGAGAUUUCAUUAGCCAAAGGUUAAAGGAGAAUGAUUCGGAUCCAACAGCGCCCCCUUAUGACUCAUUAGCAACCUACGCAUAUGAAGGCAAUGGAUCUGUGGCAGAGUCCCUCAGCUCCUUGGAGUCGGUGACCACGGAUGGAGACCAGGACUACGAUUACCUCAGUGACUGGGGUCCACGGUUUAAAAAGUUGGCCGACAUGUACGGUGGAGCGGACAGCGACAAAGACUCUUAAUAUGUUGCCUUUUUUUCCCAUUUUCAAGAAACAGCAUUGAAAUGUGUGGCAUUGCUACGUCUUUCUAUUUAUCCACAGUUAUUUGAAAGGGUCCUCUACCAGUUCGAAUAGUUUCCGUGACUGCAGUCUUUGUGGAUCCAAUGUCAUCCCCUCUGACCCCCGCAAAUAUAAUUUGAGCAUCCAAGAGGCAAAUAAUGUGGUGGGUAGAGGGGGGUGGGGAAGAAAACUCCCUUAUUUUCUGUGCACCCUGUAUACCAAAACAGUCAAAGAGGCACAAUGGCAGGGAGAUGGAGGGACAAUGGAAAUGGAAUAACGGUUUUAACUUGUUCUACUUUAUCUUCUAAAUUGGAUUAUCUUACUGUUAUAUUUCACCCAAUAAUCUCACUAUAUUUUAAUUACGCA